AUGAACGGUCUAUCCAUCAGCCCCUUCAUAGCGAAGCUCCCCAAAGUGGAGCUUCAUAUCCACAUCGAGGGGACCCUGACACCAGAACUCCGCUGGGAACUAGCUCACCGCAAUAAUAUUUCCCUCCCAUAUGCCACAUUCGAAGAUCUGAGAGCCUCAUAUGCAGUCACGCUGAACCAUAGACCCGAACUCAAUGGACGCCAACCAGGAAUCCCCACAUUUCUUGAGGCCUAUUUCGCCGGAUGUGAAGUGCUACGUACCGAAAAUGAUUUCUACGAUCUGGCGAUGGGUUAUCUAUCCCGAUGUGCCAAAAUGAACGUGCGGUAUACCGAACCCUUCUUCGACAUCCAAGCACAUACACGUCGAGGAGUCCCAGCCGAGGCGGUCCUAAACGGCUAUUUACGGGCGCAACAAGACGCAGCAAAAUCCCUCGGCGUCCACUCUCGUUGGAUUCUGUGCUUUUUACGAGAUGAGCCUGUGGAACAAGGACUUCAAGCCUAUACUGAAGCACGUCCAUGGGCAGCUGGUACCGUCGAAGGAGGUAAAGGAUUAUUCCAUGCAGUGGGAUUAGCCAGCAACGCCUAUGAGCGACCGCCAAUGCUUUUCGAAGAAGGAUUCUCGUUGGCUCGAAAAGAUGGCUUGCAUGUUACUAUGCACUGUGACUUUGGCCAAAAGGAUACACAUGCGCAUAUGACCGAAGCAAUUUUCCAUGUUUGUGAUGGGCAAGGUGCUGAGCGAAUUGAUCAUGGAUUGGAUGCUGAAGACCGCGAGGAGUUAUGGAUAGGCCUGGUAGAAAGGAAUAUUGGACUCACUCUUUGCCCGCAUGCAUAUCAUCGAAGGACGGCGACUGAUGUCUUGUUUCCCAAAAUCCGACGUCUGUGGGAGAAAGGAGUCAAAUUUUGUAUUAACAGUGAUGAUCCAACCUUGAUGCAUGAUGUUUGGAUUGACGGGAAUAUGCAAAAGGUCUUUACAUAUGGAGGGUUUAGCAAAGCUGAAAUGAUUCAUCUAGUAAGAAAUGCUGUCGAUAUGUGUUGGGCUGAUGAUGAAAUCAAAAAGGCGAUCUAUCUUGAGCUGGAUGGUCUUCAAGUUCCAAAUUAA